AUGCCCACAGAACUUGAGGAGCUGGUGGAAUUCCUCCACCAUGGGAACACCCAGAUUCGCCAGAUCGCCUGUGAGAACCUUGUUGGGUUCUCGGUUAGCGAGCCCAGCCUCUUCAAACGCCAGGAACUCCUCCCCAUCCUCGAUCUCAAGCUUCUCGUUCGAGACUACAGCCCCAUUGCGAAGAAUGCAUUGAGCAUCCUCAUCAAUCUCUCCAGCGACGAGGAGGUCUUGCAAAACCUGGUCACUGAUGAUCAGUUUAUCGAGACUUUGCUGGCCAAACUCACGAACGUCAAAGAGCCCAAUGCCGAUGAAGUGGCGAUGCUUCUCGCCAACCUCGCCAAAUCCAGCCUCCUUGAGAAGCUCCACACCCUCGAUCGCAAGAUUCCCGAGUCGGUCUCCACCUCCGAGCAUGCACUCGACCAACUGAUGGACUGUUUUGUCAAGGGUGCUGAGGGCGGCCUCAACAAGCAUGCCAAUUACGAUUACCUGUCCUACUUAUUUGCCGACCUCUCCCAGACCGAAACUGGCCGGGCCUACUUCACCACCCGCCAGGAAUAUGAUGGAGUCGUCCCGAUCACCAAGCUGACCGUCUUCACGGAACACAAGAGUCACAUCCGGCGGAAAGGUGUGGCCUCGACAAUCAAAAAUGUGGCUUUCGAUGUUAAGUCGCACCCCAUGCUCUUUGCCGAGGAUGAGGCCAACCUUCUCCCCUAUCUCCUGUUGCCCAUCGCUGGCCCGGAGGAGUUUUCUGACGAGGAGAUGUUAUCAAUGCUCCCCGAUCUCCAGCUCCUGCCUCCGGACAAGCAACGGGAUAGCGAUCCGACCAUCCUCACCACGCACCUGGAAACUCUCCUUUUAUUGACCACCACACGGGAGGGUCGGGAGAAGAUGCGCGCGAUCCAGGUCUAUCCGUUCAUCCGAGAGUGUCACCUUCAUGUGACGAACGAAGAGGUCCAGGAGGCCUGUGACCGAUUGGUUCAGGUUCUGAUGCGCGAUGAGCAAGGGGAGGGGGAGAAGACCGAAGCUGACCUGGCCAAGGCCCAAUUGAAGAUUGAAGGAGGAGAGAAAAAUGCCGAGGAUGAGGAGGAGAAAGUGACGGAGCUAAGCCAAAUCUUCAUUUUUAUCCCUCGACGACCCCCCUCCCCCCACGAUCCAACGACUUACGAACCCGUCACGACGGCCGCUAUUCCGCUGCAGACGCGGAAGCUGUCUUGUCCCCCGACCCCGAGGGGCGAGUGGCUUCCCGCCGAAUCGGACCGAGUCGACGAUCCCGAUUCUGAGAACAAUUGCAGGCGCGACGACCAUGGAAGUGACGACCUGGACGAGCCCCUCAUCGUGAACCCGCCCGACCAUCCCAGGUCCUUCGUCCAACGCAUUCGGACCUUCAUGUCGCGAGCUCCUCUUCUCCGCACGUCGCCCGCCCUGGGUUCGUCGUCCUACGGUGCCGUGCGUAUCCCGCAAGAGGACUCCGAUGACGACUCCGACGAAGAUCCCCGUCCUGCCUCCAGACAGCGAAACCCGGCGCGCAAGAGCCUUGAUAGUCUGCAGCGCACGAGUGCUGAUAGUUGUGCCGAAGGCCCAUCAACUGCUGGAAGACAAUGGUCAGGGCAUAAACGUUCCCAAUCCUUCGGCCGACGGAAGAGAAGAAGAAGAAGUAGUGUUCUCUAUACAGAAGGACACACCCGACGCCCAUCAUCAGCUACCUCUGACGUGGGUAUGGGUGCCGAUUCGAAAUACUCAUUCGCCACGGGCCUUGCUGUCCCCGGGAAUCCGGUGAUGCAAGAAACCCCCGCCACGUCGCCGUAUAUUACCAGUGAGGAUGAAGAUGUACUGGACAUUGAGGAUGAAGAUCCAAAAUCCUCCGAUGAGGACCCUCCUGAUAAUUCCCCAUAUGCGCAAGUCCGAGCGACUGUUCCCGCGACUGAUGAUAUCCUCCUCUCUAUAAACACUCCCCGGAUGUGGAUUCUUUCAUUGCUAUUCUCCUUGACGGGUUCCGCCGCCAACCUUUUCUUUUCUCUUCGUUAUCCAAGCGUUGCCAUCACACCAAUCAUUGCCCUGGUUCUGGUCCAUCCUCUAGGAAAGUUCUGGGAUGCAAUGCUGAAAAAGGCCGAUGAUCCGGUCGAGGUGUUCGAGAAUGGUACUCUUCACCAUCGGGAAUCGCUCUCUGGAGACCUUGACUCCCCGGCUUUAUCAUUCUUAUCUCGAGUUCGACUAUGGCUCGCUCAAGGUCGUUGGAAUGAGAAGGAACAUGCUUGCGUCUACAUCAGCAGCAAUGUCUCAUUUGGGUUUGCCUUCGCAACCGAUGUCAUUGUUGAGCAACAUAAAUUCUAUCAGCAAGAAGUCCCUAUUCUUUACCAACUUCUGCUGAUUAUUUCCACCCAGGUGCUGGGAUAUGCAUUUGCGGGUCUCACUCGACGAUUUCUGGUACGCCCGUCUGCAAUGAUCUGGCCGGGCACCCUUAUGUCGACUGCAAUGUUCUCCACCAUGCACAAGACUGUAAACAAGAAGGCCAAUGGUUGGAGCAUCUCUCGAUACAAAUUCUUCAUCAUUGUCUGGGGAGGUGCAUUCCUCUGGUACUUUGUGCCAGGCUUGCUGAUGCCGGCGCUAAGUUAUUUCAAUGUGAUUACUUGGCUUGCACCAAAGAAUGUGGUUGUUUCAAACCUGUUUGGAGUCGCCUCGGGCCUUGGAAUGUUUCCCUUGACCUUUGACUGGGCCCAAAUUGCAUAUAUUGGGUCCCCUCUACUUACGCCCUGGUGGGCAGCAGCCAAUAUUGUGACCGGACUCGUCGUUGUCAUCUGGAUUAUUGCUCCAAUCCUAUAUUACAAGAACGUGCUCUUUUCUUCGUACAUGCCCAUACUUUCUGCGGCAGUGUUCGACAAUACGGGCCACCCAUACAACGUCAGCCGAAUCUUAACACCCGAGUUUCUUUUUGACCAAAAGGCCUACGAAGAUUAUUCGCCUGUGUAUCUCCCCAUCACCUAUGUGCUGUCAUACGGUGUUCAGUUUGCUGCACUAACUUCCCUCGUGACCCACACUGUGUGCUGGUACGGCAAAGACAUUCUCCAUCAAACCCGGAAAGCCUUCGAGGAGCGGCGAGAUGUCCCCGAUAUCGAAACAUACGAACCUCUUCGAACAGAAAACAGUCACUCGAACCCUCGCCACAGUUCCGAAGCCUCCAGAAAUGGCUCCUUCGAUCCUGGGCGCGAUCUUCCCUUGGGCAUGGAAGAUGUCCAUUGUCGCCUCAUGAGGCGCUACAAAGAUGCACCCCUCGUUUGGUAUCUGAUUGUGCUCAUAACGAUGCUAGCUAUUGCCACCUAUACCGUCGAGCACUACCCCGUCCACCUCCCCUGGUAUGGGCUAUUUCUGGCCUUGGCCAUUACCAGCAUCUUUUUCAUCCCAGUGGGCAUCAUCAUGGCCGUCACCAACCAACACAGCAGUCUCUACUUGAUCUGUCAGCUUCUUUGUGGAAUUGUUUUCCCUGGGCGGCCGGUCGCGAAUAUGAUUUUCGUGACUUAUUCUUACAUCAGCUCCGCGCAGGGCAUCAAAUUCUCAUCGGAUCUGAAGCUUGGCCACUACAUGAAAAUCCCGCCCCGCAUUCUCUUUGGUGUACAGAUGGUGGCAACCUUGGUCUCCAGUUUGACGCAAAUUGGGGUGCUCAAUUGGAUGUUUUCUUACAUCCCGGGGCUCUGUACCCCCCAGGCGAUGAACGGAUUUAAUUGCCCGAUCGCACGCGUGCACUUCAAUGGAAGUAUCCUUUGGGGGGUUGUCGGACCACAACGGUUCUUUGGGCCUGGAGGUCUCUACCGACCUCUCGUAUGGGCCUUCCUUAUUGGUGCCGCGGCCCCUCUUGGGGCAUGGAUGAUGGGUCGGCACAGCAAGAAGAGUCUCUGGCGCAAGGUCAACUUUCCCAUUCUCUUUGGCAGUCUGAGCUGGAUCCCCCCGGCCACCGGGUUGAACUUUUCGAUUUGGGCCCUCGUCUGUUUUAUCUUCAACUAUGUCAUCCGCCGGCGUCGGACUGCCUGGUGGGAGAAAUAUGCGAUGACUCUUUCAGCGGCCUUGGACUCGGGGCUGGCUUUUGCCGUCAUCGUUGUCUUUUUUGCUUUCAUCUACCCCGGCUGGGUCGACGGGUUCAAGUGGUGGGGGACCGAGAUAUACAAACAGAAUGGUGCACUCUUUGCUGACCUUGCGCUAGGGGUGCGACUGGAUUGCAUGUCCGUAUCGACAGCUGGAACCCGGCCAGAAGUUUGGAAGCUGAAGCCUUGGAUCCCCACUCUCCCUUGCGAUCGGGCCGUUCCCUCUUUCAUCGACUGGGACAUGUCGACGCCGACCAACCCAAAUGGCCAGGCGCCGACAGGCCCCAACGGCGCGCCAAUCAAGCGAAUUCGGCGUCCUAAAGCUGCCGACCCAUUAGUUCGCCCGAAGAAAAGACCUCCGAGACCAGCAGGGACCGCACCGGCGGGGAGUAUCGCCACAAAGACUCUACCCUCGCGCCCCCCGCCCUCAAAUGCGCCGUCGCUGCCACAGCCAGAAAGAAUUCUACCGCCUUCUGGGCAGGAAGAACAAGCUCUGAACGGCUUCAGUGGGCCGUUGCUCUCGGAGAAAUAUGUUGAUUACCCCGUGGUGACUACAGUGCGAGCUCUGCGUGAGGGGAUGAAGCACCACAUCGCCCGGUUUGCCUCGAGACGGAACGUCGAUCCACGCGAUGAGUCCCAAUUUACGCGCCCUGUGAGACUGCACCGCCGCGACCCCCGCACCCGAAACCAAGAACCGACCGAGAAAGCCAUCGGACCCGACGGCCAACAACUGGACGAAGCAGAGCGGGCGGCCCUAGAUGCGCGGAGAGCAGCACGCGAGAAGGAACGUGCGGAGAAUUUGGCUCAGAUUGCCCCCUCCGUUGGAUCGUCCGCUAAACGACCGAACGCCCCGAAGCAGAAAACGCAACAGGUAUUCAAGUCAGACCUGACCCCGGAGGAGAUUGCACGAGCUCGCAUUAAGUACGAGGAGGCACUUCCUUGGCACCUAGAAGAUUUCGAUAAUCGCAACAUUUGGGUGGGUAACUAUGAGGCAGCAUUGUCCGAGACCCAUGCCAUAUUUGUGCUUGAGAACACCGGCAAGAUGCGAAUGAUCCCAACCGAGAAGUGGUACAAAUUUAGUGCUAAGAGCCAAUUCAAAGCCUUGACCAUUGAGGAGGCGGAAAAGUACCUGUCCAAAAAGACUAAGAAUCCUCGUUGGUUCAUGGAGAAGCAGAAAGAGCAAGAAGAGCAGGCGGAACUAGCGGGAUAUGCCAGAGAACGUAAAGUUUAUGCCGGAAGACAAGGAGGCCUGGCUGGAGCAGAAGGACUCGAGGCUACCGAGAUGGACUUUGAGGAGGAUCGAUUCGCGGACGACGAAGAGCACAAUGAUCUCUUCGAGGAACAAGACGAAGAAGCUAAGUCUGCCGAGAGAAGAAUCAAAGCAGACCAGCUGAAGGCCAACAUAUUCGACCUCAAAGAAGAGAAGGACUACGAGGCAGAAGAAGUGCGCGAGAAAAGGGAACGGGAAGCGCGGCGAGUUCAAGGAAAGAAAGUGCGCAGAGCGCUCCAGAAAAGGGAAAGGAACUACGAUUAUAGUAGUGGCUCGGAUUACAAUCCGUACACGGAUGAAGAGAGCUCUGAAGAUAGCGAGGCCGAACGCAUUAAGGAAGAGGAGCGCAAGGCGGAAGAGGAGAAGAAUCAAAAAGAGUCGGCGUCUUCCACCAAGGGGAGCAAUACACCUUCUGGUCGACCCAAGCAUACCGAUCCUUUAAAGAAGUCAUCCACUUCUCGCAAACGCCUGGGUUCUCCAAACGCCUCGGACGCUAGUGGAACUGACACAUCCCGCAAAAAGGCCAAAAAUAAACACCAGUCUCCUCCUCCAACCUCUCAGCCCACUUCGCGUCCUAUCUCUCCGUCUGGUAUAUCAACUGGCAAGAAACGCGUUCGACCAAACGUCAUGGGAGGAUCUGGGUCUGGCAGUGAUAUCGAUGUUGGCGCUGGAUCUGGAGCCGAGAUGAGUGAGAGUGGGAAGUCAAAGAAGCUGAAACUCAACCCGCCCUCGGCUACUUCUCGUGGAAACACCCCGCAAGGCUCUCGCGCCGCGAGUCCUGCCGCUGGCAAUUCCAGUUUCGUCAGCCGAGCUAGUAGUCCCGAUGGACCGAAUCGCCCUGGCCGUGUUUCUACGCCUGUUUCGGCUGGCAGUCAGAUGUUCCCCACCCCUGCUGAGAUCCAUGCAGCGAUCCCUGCCGCGGGCAUCCUUAGUAGCGAUCUGCUGCGAAUCUUCCGACCCCGGAUUGGAGAUUCCAAGGAGAACCACCGUCGUUUCAUUGGGAUUGUUAAGGAAGUCAGUGUUUACGGUAAGGAGGACCGGAUGCUCCGACCUGGGCCCUGGAGGGAGGGUUGA